AUGGACAUUCCAAGAGUAGAUACUUCCAGCCUUGUAACCACUUGGCUCGUGCCAGCAUUUAAACGAGAUGUGUCUGCUGCCAAUUUCUCCCUCCAUGAGGCCCACUGCUUGCGGUUUCUCACUCUCUGUCCAGAAUGUGAUGAACCAGUUGCCCAAAAGGAUAUGAAAGACCAUCAGACAGAAGCACAUAAGCAGGUCAGAUGUAAUCUUUGUCACCAAAGCAUGCAGCAAUACAAGUUGGAGCAUCAUGAGACCAAGGAGUGCCACGAACGAGCAAUGAAAUGCAAGAUCUGUGAGCUUGAAAUGCCCUUCAACAAGCUGCAGGAACACUUGAACAUCUGUGCCAGCCGAACAGAGCGGUGUUGGGAGUGUAACAAAUACAUCAUGUACAAAGACCAGAAAAAACACAAAGAUAUUUGUCAGAACAGUGGUCUGCCCUAUCAUAAGGAUGUGAACUUUCAAACCAGUGAAGCACCCACUAAUGCAACAUUUAUUUGCCCCACUGGUACUGGUGGCAAUCUUUGUCAGAAGUGCAAUAAGUCAUUCCCAGACGACCAGUACUCUCAACAUCUGAAUGAAUGCAGUGCAGCCCAUAAGCUGACAAAAGUUCUUGCUGGCCAGUCAACUUCAGAACUCAUCAGCGAUCCAUCACAGUCGUCUUCCUCCCUGGCUUCCUCUUCCUGCUCCGAGAAUGCAACGGUGUGGAAAGAUGUCCGUCCCAAAGCAAAAGAAAGGGAUCAGCCACUGACCUCCAAAACUUUGCUUAAACGCCCAAAGAAGAAAAAGUCUGGCUUUCCCUCUCCCACAAGAGGUGGACUUUCCACAUCACCUCAAGAUCUUAAAGACACCCAGUCUUUUGAUGUGCUGGUGACCUGUGCCCAUUGCAACAUUCUUCUGCCACUUCCAACCCUUCGGAAACAUGAGAUCAAAUGUCUACGUUUGACAUCUUUGAAAAAUGCUAGGAUGAAACAAAAAUCAAGCUAUGGAGAAAAAGACCGCAGUGCCGCCGUGCGGCUCUCGGUGUGUGCGGAACUGCCGCUGUCCCCCGACGGUCCCGGCACUGCUGCCGCUCGGCGACUGAGGGCUGCGGCGCCCUGCUGGGUUAAGGGCAGCGGCAUCUGGACAAAGAGACCAGCGGCCGAGUGUCCGAGGGCUGGAGUGCUCCUGGCGUCCCCCGAGGCACCCCGUGUGCCCGCUGCGCUGGUGCGAGUGCCGGCUGCUGGCAGUUCGUCUCAGCAAGGAGAGCCUCCUGUGAGCCCCUGA